AUGUAUCCUCUACUUCGGUUAGUUGUUUAUUGGCUAAUUUUACCAACUUUCGGAAUUUCUCAAGAAUCUGAUCUAAGACAAAUAUCUUUACCGUUUCAGGAAGACGCUCGAAUCAAGAAAGCAAUUCAGAUACGACAGUCUCAACGCAGUGAAACAUUCAGACAAAUAAGACAAAGUUACACUUUGGACGAGGCAGCUAAUGAAAUACUUAAACUACCAGCGAAGGAUUUGAUAGAAAAACUACAAUUGCGAAGCUUAAACGCAACACAGGUCCUCCAAGCAUACAUGGCAAAAGCAAUCACCGUCCAAGAUAAAUUCAACUGUAUAACAGAGUUUGUACCAUUCGCUUUGGAAAGAGCACAAAACUUGGAUAAACUGAAUGCUGUCCGUGGACCAUUACAUGGCAUACCUGUUUGUGUGAAGGACGAUCACGAUGUCAUCGUGGACACGACAAUGGGCUUAGGGAAAAAUCUAAAUAUGCCAGCAUCGUCGAACAGUGUUCUCACCCAGACGUUGUUCGACUUAGGUGCUGUCAUAUUUUGCAAAACCAAUAUUCCGCAAACAGUUUUUCGAUAUUCAAGCGACAAUCCUAUCUACGGUGAAACACUCCACUAUCGGAACGAAAAACUUGCUCCUGGUGGUUCGAGCAGUGGUACAGCAUCGCUUCUUGCCGGAGGUGGGGCCGUGUUUGCAACUGGCACUGACGUAGCCGGUUCUGUUAGAAUUCCUUCACAUUUUAGUAAACUUUGUACUAUAAAACCAACUCAAAAGCGGCUUAGUGACAAAGGCAUAAAGCAAACGAUUCCAAAACUCAUCGGAGGCGGGUAUAAAGCCCUUCUUAGCAACAAUCUGCAAAAUACUUACGAUUCUAAUGCGGUUCCGAUUCCAUGGAACGACGAGUUAUUCGAGUCGAAAUCACCGUUAAAAUUUGGUUAUUAUACGUCUCUAUCAUUCUUCCCUGCAAUCGGUGACACAAUCUCAACUGUUUUGAAUGCUAAAAAAGAAUUCGAGAGCUUGGGACAUACAUUUGUGCCAUUUAAAAUUGAAAACGACUGGGACAUUGUGAAGCUGAUGUACAAUGUUGUUGGAGUAGACUAUGGUAUCGAUUCGCAUUUGAACCAAUUAUUCUCUAAUGAGCCUCCAGCCAGAGGAUUGGAAAUGAUACGAUCUUUAUGUGGACAACCUGACUGGAAAAGGUGGAUAGAUUAUCAACUUAGCAACGCUACAAAAUUAGGUAGUCAGGACUACUCAGCAAGAACUGCUCUUUUCUUACAAUCCGGAAUUCAUCAGAGUCGGGACCGAGAUGUUUGGGACUUAAUCUACCAGAGAGAUCAACUAAUCUCAAAAUUAUUGACUCAAAUGCAAGAUGAUAAUUUGGACUUGAUUUUAGCUCCAGUUUUUCCUUUUGCUGCCUGUCGCAUCAAUGAUACAGAACCACUAUUCGGAGCUACAGAAUACACGAUGAUUUGGAAUUUUGUUGAUUUUCCUGCUGGUGUUAUUCCUUUCGGCAUUGAAACUGGACAAAAUAUCGACCACUAUGACGAUGCAGGUGAUGCUGUACUAAGAUUGGCGAAAGAGUCAACAAAAGAUUCAAUUGGUUCGCCUAUUGGUAUCCAGAUAAUUGGGAAACCGUUCAAGGAGGAGCAAGUGCUACGAGCUUUGAAUGAGUUGUUCAACAAAAUAGAUUCGAAAAAAUAAAUUUUUAUUCAAAUUCAA